GCCAUCCUGUAUGAGUAUGACAGUAUAAAAACAAGUGGUGUGGAAAACUGAGUUGCAAUGUUUACCCUUUUAUAUUUAUGUUCGUAAACGCAAGGGGAGGCAGGCAAAAUGGUGAGGAUGCAAGGAGUGAAAGUGAAGAAAGUGCAGGGGUUUUAGGUUUAACUGUCCAGAGCAGUGGGGAGUGUCAAAAAGAGAUGAUGUAGUGGAGUGGGUGGAGAACAGUACCACAUGUUACCAGUUCCCAAGAUGAAACUAUGUAUUCUGUGAACUGGAUGAAACAGCACUUAUCAAGAGACAUGAGACACAGCUGGAGGUAGUAGAGGUGAAGAUGUUUUUUUUUAAUAGACAAGGAUUGAUUGGAUAAACGAGAACAUUAGAUAAACAACCAAGGUUAGAUGUUUUGGAGAUGCAGUAAGAGAGGCUGGAUUAUGAUGGUUUGGACAUAUAAAGUGAAUACAUUGGAUGCUGGAGAUGGAGCUGCCGGGAGAAAAGGAGAAGACCAAAGAGAAGAUGCAGAAGAAGGGAACUUGGUGGAUUCUGCAAAACCAGUGCUCCGCAAAGCCAUCCAGAUUUCUCAGCAAACUCCCUACUGGCACUGUAGACUACUUUUUCAACUGGCACAACUGCAUGCACUAGAAAAAGAUUUAGUUUCUGCCUGUGACCUCUUGGGAGUGGGUGCCGAGUAUGCAAGAGUUAUGGGAUCCGAGUACACACGAGCUCUGUUCUUGUUAAGUAAAGGAAUGCUGUUGCUGAUUGAGAGGAAGCUGAGCGAGGUGCAGACACUGCUGACAUUGUGUGGGACCAUUGUUGAAAACUGGCAAGGAAACCCCAUCCAGAAGGAGUCUCUGAGAGUUUUCUUCUUGGUGCUGCAGGUUACACAUUACCUGGAUGCUGGGCAGGUGAAAAGUGUGAAGCCAUGUCUGAAGCAGCUCCAGCAGUGCAUUCAGACCAUCUCCACCCUCCACGAUGAUGAGAUCCUUCCCACUAACCCAGCAGCUCUCUUUCACUGGCUGCCCAAGGAGCACAUGUGUGUGCUUGUGUACCUGGUGACAGUGAUGCACUCAAUGCAGGCGGGCUACUUGGAGAAAGCACAGAAGUACACAGACAAAGCUCUCAUGCAGCUGGAGAAGCUGAAGAUGCUGGACAACAGUCCCAUCCUGUCCACGUUCCAAGUCAUCCUUCUGGAGCAUAUCAUCAUGUGCCGGCUGGUCACAGGACACAAGGCCACAGCAUUACAAGAAAUUUCACAGAUUUGCCAACUCUGCCAGCAGUCACCUAGGUUGUUUACAAAUCACGCUGCCCAACUUCACACACUGUUGGGUCUCUACUGUAUAUCUGUGAACUGCAUGGACAACGCUGAAGCACAGUUCACUGCUGCUCUGCAGAUGACAACACAUCAGGAGUUGUGGACAUUCAUAGUGACAAACCUGGCUAGCGUUUACAUCCGAGAAGGGAACAGAAAUCAGGAGCUGUACAGUCUUUUAGAGAGGAUUAACCCCGAUCACAACUUUCCUGUCAGCUCUCACUGUCUACGAGCAGCAGCGUUUUACAUUCGAGGACUCCUGUCUUUCUUCCAGGGACGUUACAAUGAGGCCAAAAGAUUUUUACGAGAGACUCUGAAGAUGUCGAAUGCAGAGGAUCUAAACAGGCUGACUGCCUGCUCGCUCGUCUUGCUGGGCCACAUCUUCUUUGUUUUAGGCAACCAUAGAGAAAGUAACAAUAUGGUGGUUCCAGCCAUGCAACUGGCCAGCAAGAUUCCUGACAUGUCAGUGCAGCUCUGGUCAUCUGCACUUCUCAAAGAUCUGAACAAGGCUUGUGGAAACACUAUGGAAGCUCACGAGGCGGCCAAGAUGCACCAAAACUUUUCCCAGCAGCUCUUGCAGGACCACAUUGCAGCCUGCAGCCUCCCUGACCACAACCUCAUUAAUUGGACAGACGGCCUCCCUCCUGUGCAGUUCCAGCCUCAGAACGGACCCACGACAAGCCUGGCCAGCCUGCUCUGAGAGCAGGAUGCCACCUAGACGAGAGCAGUGAGACACUUGAGAGCUGUUGCAUGGACAAUGACAAAAGACUUAGGGGGGGAAAAGGGAGAAGCAACUGAUAAAAUGGUAAGAGGAACGGAAGGGUAACAAAAUGAGAAGCGGAAGCCAGCUCCAUUUGGUCCAUCACUUCAUCUUUUCGGGGCGCCAGGAUUUGAUUUUUAGGUAACUUAAACUAUUCAAAUGUCUUAAAAUAUGGGUAAAGGGAAAAAAAAUUGACAUUUUUAGAAAAGGAUUUUAGUUCUUUCUGUAAGUUUCACUUUCACACCAGUAUGAUAAACAUGGUUAACUUACAAGAGAAUAAAGGUGGAAAACACCUGGGGCCAGAUGAAUAAGUCUUUGCAGAAAACCAUCCACAUGCACAAGCUCAUAUGAAUGAGAAUGAAGAAAACUCAGGUGAAUCUGAGUUUAAAUUUAAAAAAAAAAAAAAAAAAAAAAAAAAGUAAAUCCCACAAAGCCUGCCUCCCCAGCCGCUAUAAUAUUUCAGUAUACAAAUACCAAUAUUAAUGUGGAAAAUGUUUUCUGCACUUAAACUAAGAAGAGCUUGAAAAAAUGGCCUUUCUAUGUGUUUGGUGUCUAGUUUGCCUGUUUGGCUUAAGUUUUCUUAGUAGAUGAACUCCAUUAUUUUUUGUUUUUCCUAUUCAGUGGUUAAUAUUAUAAUUGGAUAACCUGAAAUUAAAGCACCAAAUAAAGCACUUUUUUCUGCUUUACUUCUCUCAUAGGCAUCUUAACCUCAGACUCAGUUAAACUGCCCCUCUUCUUGCUCUUGUUUUUGUAGACACGUCUAAUAAGUCGUUUCUCAAACUUAUAAACAAAUUAUUGAUAGAUGGAGAACAUCUACCUGUAGAUCCAUUCUAGUGAAGAAUGGGAGCAGAAAUCAAGCUUGUGACUCAAGGACAUGUUUUGUUUUCUCAAUUUUUAAAUUUCAUAACACGGACACCUUUCCACACCGCUGAAAUGAAUGCAGCAACAUAUUUAUUUGGUUCAAGCGCGGCCUCGGGUUAUACAUCUGGCCUCAGGUGUAGAUGUAUGCAACAUUGAUAGCAGGCACCUAACAGGAGAAGCUACACAUUAACACUAAGUGUCUGCACAAAAAUUGAAGUAUUUAUUGUGAAGCCAAAUGAUGGAGUUUCCUUUUAUAAACUUAAAUUGAAUUAUACACUAAGUCAUUUCCACAUAGUUCUUGUGACUAUUUUUCUUGCAAGGCUUACAUCAACUUUUUUUAAAUUAUUAUUAUUGCAUUAUCUCUAUUAAAAAGUAAACUUUUUAAUGGAGGUUGUGACAUCACUGUUAACCUUUAAGCUAUAGACUUAAAUUAACGUAAAUCAUAAAAUGUAUUUACAUGUCUAUCUCUCACUCUGGUGUAUGAUUGUUAUCUGCGCACAUUUUACCUGGAGUCGAGACACCAGUCAAUGUAUUAUUACCUCGCUGUACAAGUUUCACCAUGAAACUCUCAUAUUGUUUGUAAACCCUUUUCAUGUAAGCAUCUUGGAAUAGUUUCUGUUCUUCUCUUUUCCUGUUUUACUCGUUUCCUCCAGUUGAUGGCGGUACAAAUCUGAAUUCAUUUAACCUAUUUAUUUUCAUUUCUUUUCAUUACAUUGGAUGCAGUUGUUCUUUACAUUUAUGGUUUAAUACAGUUUUGAUACUUUAUCAAAAGACUGCUGGGGAUAUUAUUGUCAUUUUUGCAAGUUUAGAACAUAUACACUUAUCUAUACUUAUCUAUACUGAUAGUUUUAUUUGAAAAUCAAACUCUGAGUUUGAUUGUUUUUCAUAGAUUACUGCAGGAAAACGGGCAGUAUGGAUACUAUUUAUUUUAUAAGCAUUUUACAUGACAUCUAAAAUGUCAAAAUAUCUUUGUGUUUUUAUCAUUGUGUUCUUACCGCUUAUCUUCAACACCUUUUUAAGUCUUUUAUAAAUAAAAAAGAUAAAUCAAAAAUUAAAA